AUGACAGAAAAUUCUAUAAACCCUGUAAUAUUAAACGUUAUGACCCAAUCUAACUACAUGAGUCAACAUCCUUAUCGUCGUUCAAGCGAACCUACUCCGCUAGAAUCGUCGAUAUUUCACAGGGAGUCUGAAUCAACAGGAAUCCAAAGACGAACAAGUGAGACCUUAACUACAUCUAAUAGCAUGGCUGCAAGAAAAUAUGCAAUAUAUAAGUCUCAUUUGCAUGACUAUAGUAUCCUGGAAGAUGCUGAAACUGCAAAUAAUGUCAUUAACAAUUCAAACAAUCAAGCUGCAAGAUGGACAGUUUCGGAAUCACAAUUACCACCACGUAUUUCGUCACUUAGUCAUUUACAGGAAAGAAUAAUUUCUCCGCAAGGAACUCAUCAAACCAAUUCAAACCAAUUUACUCAAAAGUCAAAAUUUCCUUCUAUUGCGGUAUCAACCGGGAUAAAUAAUGGUUCUGUUAUUACUACACAAAUUCAGUCUACAAGAACUUCUUUAGAAAGAAAACAGAAACAAACUGCAAGAAUUUCCUUAGAAAGAAAACCAUCACUAGUCAUAAGAAAUUCUCUUGAAAGAAGGCCUGCCGUAAGAACUUCUUCAGAAAGGAGAAGAUCACAUAAAUUAGUUGGUAGAAGUCAUUCAAAACGAACGGUAAUUAAGAGAAAUGCUACUGUAUCUAAGAGAAAAGAUUCAAGGAAAAGACUUAUUUUAGAACUGUCAACCACUUCAAAUCAAACUUAUGCAAAUGAUCCAACAGAUAUGGAUGCAGAUUUACCUCCAUUAAAAAAUAAAAAGAUUCCCUGGCUUCCAGGUCCUCAACGCUCUCCAAAACUCCUUCAUGCUUCUCUUGUUCCUCUUCCACAUCACUCUGAAGCUGUUUCAAAUAAUUCAAACAAUCAUUCUUAUAAUGUUACGUCUUCUCACUUAAGUGUGGCUUCUCGAAUCUUAAGAUCUUGUCGUCCAAAAUAUGUUUCAUCCAUUUUCAUGUCUACAGAUUUAGCUUUAACGUCAAAUGCAAAAUCACAUCAAGAGAAGAGGGAUUCUGUUACGAUCCCGGUCCAUUUAGGAAAUCGUGCAUCUCAAAUAUUUAGACGUCGAUUACUUGAACAAAGUUUAUACAUGUCAUUUUGUGGUGAGAUGCCUACAAAUAAUCAAAUAAAGCCAUCAAAACGUCGAAAGGCUAGGAAGGGUUACAGCGUUAAAAUUAAAGAUAGAGACAGAGAGGCAAGACGAGAAAAACGUAGAAAGGAAAGAAAAGAGAAAAAGUUGGCUAACGCUCAUAAAAUUAAUGAUAAGGAACGUCUAAGUAUAAACAAUGUGAAUCCAGUUGCUAUCCCUAAAAUACUGGAUUCUGAAGAAUUAAUUAAAAAAGUUGAGGAACAACUUCGUAAAAAAGAGUAUUUGAUGUCACCACCACCUCCACCAAGAUAUAAAAAUCAUCAAGAAAAUCAAAUGUCUGGGUUAAGUCCAGUUCAACGAAGUAAAAGUAAUGCUAGUAAUGUUUCUUCCUUGUUUUCUAAUCUUCCUGAAAGAAGAAGAUCUGAUAGAUCUAAUGACUUGAAUAAUCAAAUGUUGGAUUCAAUGGAACCUUUUCCAACUCAUUUAACAUCACAGCGUAAAGAUAGGUUGCCACAUUCAAAUACGAUUUUUGUUCAACCACCUACAAUAUUAAUGUCUACAGAUGAAAUGAUUCAUGAUUUUGAUGAAAGUCCGCAAAUAGAGAAGCAAGUGGAAUCUAUAGAUAAAAAAAGUGCUGAUAAUAGCAAUUCAGGAACACCAUUAUCACCUUUAAGUCCAUCAAGUCCAUCAAUAUAUAAUAAAUUUGGUUCUGGACUUUUAAGCCUAUUUAAUAGAGGAUUUCAUCGUGACGCAAAUUCUUCAAUAUCAGGUGCAAGUUCACCUACAACUCCAAAUUAUUCUCUUUCACCACGAUCACCUUUAUCACCUAAUUCUCCAUUAUCGCCAGUAUCUCCUCGACAAUUUUCGGUUUCACAAAAUCCCUUUAAAAAUCCUACAGAAUCUACUUCUAAAAAACCUAUUCAAUUAUCAACAACUGAUCCAUCUGCUCAAUCAUUUCGGCCUGGAUAUUCUAGGCGAGCUACAGAACCUACAAUCAAGAAAACACAUUUAUCAACAACUACAACGGAUCCGGAAAAAUUGAGAAAGAUGCAAACCUUGGAAGAAAUACUUGCAUUAUCCGAUGCUGAAAAUGAAAGAAAAGCUCAAAAUUUUGAGAAUUUAAUGAAUUAUGGAGAUCAAGAUGGUAAAAAGUUACGCGUUGGAAAAAAUCGAACUUUAAAAACUGCCGUAAUAACAUCAACAACCGCAAUGACAUCACCUUCAGUAAUACCAGUAGAACCAAUUACAGAUGAACCUGAAACACUUGGACCUCAAAGAGGUUUGUUAAGUAAUGAUGGGGUUAUUAGACUUACACUUACACCUGCUAUUUGUCGAUAG